UCACAUUCCUCCUUCUGCAUACCUUUCACUUCCCUUAAACAAACAAAUUAAGCUCAAACACCCAAAAAGAAAGAGAAAAAAUAAGCAGAAGAGAAGGCUAAACAUGAAUCCCAUGCAGUUCUCAGCCUCCAGACAACCAUACUGCAGAUGGGUUUUCUUGUUAGUCUUUGCUUUGUUAAUCUCCAGCUCCUUCUGUGAUCCAAGAAUCUCAAACGCUGGCCUUCUCUGUGGGAGUUCCAACCCACCAAAUGGAACCAACUUUGUUCCAAACUUUGUUAAAGAGAUGCAAGGCUUGUCAGAAGUGAUCAACACUAACCACUUUGCUUCUUACCAUCUCAACUCUACACCUCCAAUGUAUGCAUUGGCUCAGUGCCAUCAAGACCUCUCACAAACCGAUUGCCUCCUUUGCUAUGCAGCCUCAAGGACUAGAAUCCCACGUUGCCUUCCUUCUGUCUCAGCUCGAAUCUUUCUUGAUGGCUGCUUCUUGCGUUAUGAUAAUUACAGCUUUUUUCAAGAGUCUGUUUCAUCUAGUUUGGAUAAUGUUAGUUGCAGUUCAAAUAAUGUAAUGGUGUUUGAUGAACACAAUAAGAUGGUGAAUUUGUUUGAUAGGAAUGUUGAUUAUGCAGUUGGGAAUGUGACUAGGAUUGCUUUGAGAAAUGGAGGAUUUGGGGCAGUGGAGGUGGAUGGUGUGUAUGCAUUGGCACAGUGUUGGAAGAGUGUUCCGGCUGAAGGGUGUAGCAAGUGCCUGCAGAAGGCGGCAAAAGCGGUGAGAGGCUGCGUGCCAAAGGAGGAAGGGAGAGGGAUGAAUAAUGGGUGUUAUUUGAGGUACUCGACCAAGAAGUUUUAUAAUGAAGGGGGAGAGGCAGUGCAUGAUCAUGGGCUUUCUGGAAUUGCAGUCAUUAUAGCAAUUCUUUCAGCAACAUCAGCAUUCCUCAUGCUCUCUCUAUCAGCAGCUUAUGUUACUUAUGCUAGAUUAUCAAAGAGGAAAAAAGAGCUCAAAAAUCUCGGCCAGAUUUCAAUAAGUUUUGACAAAUCAUGGUUGAAGUUCAAGUAUGAAACCCUUGAGAAAGCAACUGAUUACUUUAGUCUCUCACGGAAACUAGGCCAAGGAGGAGCUGGUUCAGUAUUCAUGGGAAUUCUUCCAAAUGGGAAGACUGUAGCUGUAAAGAGAUUGAUAUAUAAUACCAGGCAAUGGGUAGAAGAGUUUUUUAAUGAGGUAAAUCUAAUCAGUGGAAUUCAGCACAAGAAUCUGGUGAAGCUUCUUGGAUGUAGCAUUGAGGGCCCUGAGAGCCUCCUAGUUUAUGAGUAUGUUCCGAACAAGAGCCUCGAUCAGUUCAUUUUUGAUGAGAAGAGAGCAAAACUUCUAGACUGGAAGCAGCGGUUUGAUAUCAUUGUUGGAACAGCUGAGGGUCUAGCACAUCUUCAUGGAGGAGGGUCUCAAAUAAGGAUAAUCCACAGGGACAUUAAAAGCAGCAAUGUUCUUUUAGAUGAGAAUCUCAAUCCGAAGAUUGCUGAUUUUGGACUCGUACGAUGUUUAGCUACUGAUAAGAGUCAUCAUAGCACUGGAGUUGCUGGAACUCUCGGAUACAUGGCUCCUGAGUACCUUGUUCGAGGACAAUUUACAGAGAAAGCAGAUGUUUACAGCUUUGGGGUACUAGUUCUUGAGAUUGUAUGUGGUAAAAGAAAUACCACAUUCACAAUGGACUCUGGUUCCCUCCUACAAACAGUUUGGACACUUUACAGAUCAAAUAAAUUGGCUGAAGCUGUUGACAGUUGCAUAAGAAAUGAAAUUUCAGCAAAAGAGGCCCCAAAUGUGCUUCAAAUCGGGCUAUUGUGCACACAAGCAUCAGUUCCCUCGAGACCAUCAAUGGCACAAGUAGUUCACAUGCUAACUGAUAAAGACUGUGAAAUUCCCAUACCUAACCAGCCUCCAUUCCUUAAUGCUAGUGUGCUAGAAACAGCAAGUUCAACAAGGUCUUAUAGCACAGACAGUUUCAUAUCAAAUGCAGUGAGAAAAAUUCAAGGUUCCGCUACUACUUCCAAGUCUUCUAGGACUUGCAGUUCAGAUGAGGCAUCAAGAACCCAAUAAUAAUUAACAUAAGUGAGUUCAAACCAAGUUUUUCAUUAAUUUCAAGGAUUCAUUUUGUGUAGAAGGUCAAGGAUUCUUUUAGAUCAAUUUUUUGGCAGGCAAUUUGCAGCAUGUG